UCAUGCGAUACCAUAUAUCAAAUUAAAACUAAAAUUCAAGACAAAGAAGGUGUCCCCGAAGACACGCAACGUAUUAUUUUUGCUGGAAAAGAAUUGGAAGAUGAAACCAGUGGUCGCCAGGAUUUCAAUGGAUCACCAUCACUCACACAAUCCGAACAAACUUCUGAAGAAAAUCAAUCAGAACAAACUUUUGAAGAUAAUAACUCAGAUGUAGUUCAAGCUGGUUUCGAUAUGCCCCAUAGUCAUUCCGCUUUUUUGUUGUUGUAG